AUAAAAGAUGCUCAGCUCAGAGGGGGAAAGAAGCCUGGUGGGAACAUCUUUGUGGUGUGCACCUGCUGUCGGAUCAAGCACUGCCGGGACAUUAUAGGGUAAAGCCAGCGUAAUUCUAGGCUGAGAAAUAUAGCACUAACCUUUAAUAGGGCACAGACCUUUAUAAGGCCAAUGCCUAUAGUCCCGUAGAAAAGUGCAAUAGAUGCUUUUGUAAAUUUGCCAAAAAGUGGAUUUCAGGUGCAGUAAAUAGAUGGCACUCAAAAUAUAUGCCUUGGCUCACUGUAAACUGGCAGUAAACCAUUAAAGUGCCAUAUUUAGCUUCAUAAGCAUCUGUUUAUAGUGCGAGAGCAUAGUUGGCGUGUAUUGUUUUUGACAAAUGUGGCCACUCUGAGAUGAUGCGCUGCUGCUCUCCUGCUCCAUCCAUGUAGUUUGAAGGGCGGGGCUUUGGAGAUUACAGGGGGCGUGGCUAACGAAUCGUAACUUCCAGAGCGGUUGUCACUCUGCACUUUUAAACUCGAGCACAACGCCGCCUCUGCUCUGCCAGAUAAGCACUAGCAGUCAAGAUUUAGGACCUGGAAAAUAUAUAGAGUUGACUAUCCUGAAUAAGGGGUGAUUUUUCAUAUAAUGGUUUAAUGCUAGAAUGAAAUGUAUAGAGAGAGAGACAUAUAAAUCCGAUUGUUUGUUACCUCAUUUGAAAUGCUUGUACAUUGAACAUCAUUUGUAAAAUCUUUUGUAUAAAAAAUAUUAUUGUACACUUUAUAGCACUCCAACUGUAAUUUUAUUGUACAAAUGUGUUAUGUGUUCUGACUUAGUACCUGUAUUCGAUUGGUAAAUUAUUGUUUUAUUGAUGUAUUUGUUUUUUUCAAGGAAAAUUAAUUUUCGUAGCAUUUCGAGCAAAAUCUACUAGAGUUGACAAUCCACAAGACUUGAUCAGAAAGUGCUUUGUAGACUGUUGCAGUUUUUAAUUAAUAAUUUCAUCUUUAGUUGUGGCUUUUGGGUGCGUAAUUACUGACUAAUCUCAUGUGGUGUUUGUAGUUUGAAAUGAAAUGUCAUGUUGAUGAAAAAUGUUUCUAAAAAACCUGAAAUGAGCGGCGUGGACGUGUUUAUUUCUGGCGCCAUCUUCUGUGUAGUCUGGUGUACUGCAAGCGUAAAGUGUAAAACGGAAACGCCGAGCCUGUCCUUCUCGACGCACCGUCGUGACGUCGCAGCAGCAUCAUGGUCAUGGCGCGCUGUCAGAUCGCGUGCUCACUCAAAACAGUUAGGAUGUGUUUGAAUGGGACGUAGAGGUUGUGCAGCACGAGAAGCGCACGGUUACAUAAUGGAUGUGAACGAAGGGUCCGCGCUCGGCGUCUUCACCUGCGAGCUGUGUGAAGUGUCCAGUCCCUACAGCUUCUCCGGCCAGAAGCCGCCAAACACCAGAGCAAUAGUGCUCUUGGAGGAAUGUUACGGCAUGAAGGAUCCCUUCAGCCCAGAGAGAGAAAAGUUUCUGGUUUUAGGAUCCAAGUGCUGUCUGUGCAGUAAGACGGUGUGUGUGGGAACGGACUGCAGUCUGUUCUACACCAAGCGCUUUUGUUUGCCCUGUGUGCGGGACCACCUUUGGCAGUUUCCAGAACGGGUUCAGAACGAGGUGCUGAGGAAAAAGAGUGUCCAGAAGACGUCCUCUUCAUGAUGCUAGAUUGAUUUAGUCAGGACACUAGUGAGCCAUCUGGCUAGACACACAAUAUUAACUAUUUGUUUGUUUUAUUAUAUUUGUGUUUGUCUUGCGCAACUGGAGGCAGCAAACCAUGUUUUGAUUCAAAUCAUUUCUGUGCUGUCAUUUACUGUUUUGAGUUUUACAAAUGAGUGUUAUGAUGGUGAUAAAUGCCUUGUCACAUGUAGCAACUAUAGAAUAAAUGAUGUUUAUGUCAUCGGUUGCUAUUACUUGAUGGCUGAAAAGAGAAAUGACUGAUAUAUUCAUGUCUGAUGAUGUAGGUGAGUCUCGAACCGGUUGUUGGAGUGCAAACCUGUUGUGAGCAUCAGCAUGCAAACAUACCGCUACACCACACCUCCGGCCCUGCCUCCUUCCAGAUCCUUCUGGCUAUAAGUUGAGGCUCAGCCUGACUAAACCCGACUCAGUUGCAAAAACCACAGGUACGUAGUGAAGUAUAAGUUCCAGCACAUGCAUAGCUGGAGAUCUGUGGCUCAGCAGUCUGAGCGCUGGCAAACAAUGCCAGAGGUCCCUGGUUCAAAUCCAGCCAGAUCUCCACAAUUAAUCAAGUGCAGUGGGCAGAGCAGAGGAGGAGCUGGAGGACCAGACUAGACCAGAGAGAUGAUGGAGCAGAGGAACCAGAGAGGAGUGGCUGACAGGACCAGACCAAGGGUGGAGCAGGAGGAGCAGACCAGAGAGAAGGUGAAACCGAAGUGGAAUGGCUGACCAGACCAACGAUGGAGCAUUGGCAUUGCUGGAGAAUGGAACAGCUGACCAGAUGGAGCAUAGAGUGGAAUGGCAAACAAAGUGGUGAGACAACAGUGAAGAGGAGAGUGAUGAUAGCACCCGAAGAAAGAAGGGGAACCAUGACCGUGGUUCCCCCCCCCGGCCUCCAAGACGGUGACCAGAAGUGGUUAUGCACUUCUUCCUUUCAAGACAGAGAACCCCUUUAUUUUUGGUCCAAAAAAUGUUUUUUUACAAACUCCCACCAUUUAUACAGUAAUGAAUUACAUUUAGACCUACUCAACAACUUUUGUUCUGUAGAUGCCCACAGGUUUUUUUUUUUCCCCCCCACUUCAUGGAGGUUUUACACACCAUCGAGUUCACCCACUAGACGGCAGUGAAGCCAUGUGUCUUCCAACACUGCAGCAACUUUUCCUCCAAUGAACACAUUACACACAAAACUUCCUUUUCUAGCGCAAGUCUAUAAAAAAGUAAAUACAAUU